CGCGACAAGUAAACAAUGGGUUAACAUCACCUGGACAAACUUAAUCUGAGGCAGUGUAUUACAAAUUUCAUGAGCAUAUCAUCAAAAUCUUGCCAAAUAUGAGAAUAAGGGAUCGUGUUAAUCCACUCAGGGUGUCCGCAGGUCUUCAGUGCACAGACGCGGAUUACGCAGAUGUGCUCAACCUGUUCCAUCAAACAAGACUUCAACUACAGGGAGUUCGCGAAAGAGCCACAACAGUUUUUGCAGUGAAUCUCACAUAAUUUAGAUCGUAUCCUGCAUUCUUCUAAAGACGGAAAGCUUUAUAGGCUUCUGUAGUUGCAUUUCCUUAAAUUCAUCCUGCGCUUCGCCACUUCAAUUCGCAUUUCAUGGAAUUCAAAGUUGAAGCCCUUGCGGAGAAUCAUGGUGCCGCGGGUGAAACUGCUUGUUGUUGUUGCAAGUAUUGUCAAUCUUGGAUUUUCUGGAGCACCAACAGCACCCCCGAAGAAAGCUAUAGUUAAAAACAACUCAGGUGUGACUCCUGUGGGACUGUGCGGUUCUUGGAUCAAAGAAACCAACGGAGGACUUUUCACAUCUCCCAAUUACCCAGAAAAAUAUCCUCCUGACCGAGAAUGCAUAUACAUAAUUGAAGCUGCUCCAAGGCAAUGCAUCGACCUGUAUUUUGACUAUAAGUAUAAGUUUUGACUAUAAGUAUGCUAUUAACUAGAA